UCAAAAUGCAACCCUUUGGUGUAAACGUCAAGCUUCCAGUUGUACGCCAUUUGUUAAAAAAAUCUGCUGAAGCAAAAAUACCAUCUAGUACAGAAUUUCAUAAAAUCUGUGGAAACAGGAUAAAUUAAAAGUGGAUUUAUAACAUCGUUAUUGCAAAACGUUGCGACUGUGUUUUUAAUUUUACUGCAUGGAAGUUUAAGGUUUGUAUUGUUGGACUCUUCGUUGGACUACGAAACAAGGUAAUAGACAAAAUGACACAAUAUCUACCGCCGAAUCUUUUGGCUCUAUUUGCCGCACGUGAUCCAAUACCAUAUAUGCCGCCAGUGGAUAAGUUACCACAUGAAAAGAAGUCUCGUGGCUACCUUGGUAUUGGAGGUUUUCUUAGUGAGUUCGAAGAUCCAAAAGAUACCCCGCCGGCAAAGCGUGUUGAGACUCGCCAAGAAAGAUUAGACCGUCGGCGUAGAGAAAAGGCCGAACAAGUUGCCUAUAAAUUGGAACGAGAGAUCGCACUAUGGGAUCCUCAAGAGAUAAAAAACUCGACGGAGGAUCCUUUUCGUACGUUGUUUAUAGCACGUAUAAAUUAUGAUACAUCUGAAUCGAAACUGAGACGUGAGUUUGAAAUAUAUGGACCCAUUAAGAAAAUAGUUAUGAUAUCUGACCAGGAAUCAAGUAAACCAAAAGGUUAUGCGUUUAUCGAAUAUGAACACGAAAGAGAUAUGCAUGCUGCAUACAAACAUGCUGAUGGUAAGAAAAUCGAUGGUAAACGAGUAUUGGUUGAUGUUGAGCGCGCACGCACUGUAAAAGGAUGGUUGCCACGACGCUUAGGUGGUGGCUUAGGAGGAACACGACGAGGUGGUAAUGAUGUUAAUAUUAAGCACUCUGGUAGGGAGGAUAACGAAAGAGAACGAGAAAGAUAUCGUCUAGAGCGGGAACGUGAGGAUCGCGAAAGUGCACGACUUGUCGAACGUAAUCGUUUCGGAGGUGGUGAUGCCGUAAGGCGACGCUCACGGUCUAGAGAAAGAAUCCGAGAACGUGAAAGGGAGCGUUCAAGACGUUCGCGCAGCAAAUCUCGUGAGCGUAGGCGACGACGUGCAGGUAGUCGUGAACGUGAAUAUGAUGAAUUCGAAAAACGGGAUAGACGCGAAAAAGAACGUGAACGUGAGCGUGAGCGCGACAGGGAUAAGAAGAAGAGACGCUCAAAGUCAAGGGAGCGAGAUUCAUCCAGGGAGAGGCGUGAUAAGAAACGUGAACGUGAACGUCGUGACAAGGAGCGUGAUCGUGGAGAUCGUGAUGUUAAAGAACGUAAACCUGAUUUCCGUGAUAUUGACAUAAAGAUCAAGGAGGAACCAAUAGACGACGGUUAUCCAACUUAUCCCAUGAAUUCUUAUCAAACGACUGGUAUAAAACGAGAAAGCGAUGAUGACGAGCAUGAAGAAAAAUUCCGGCCACCACAAGAUAUGUUCAGCGUUCCACCUCCCUCUUUAACUGGACGUGGUGGCGGUGAGAAUGGACAAAAUCCCAAUGAUGGACAGCAAUCAUGGUGGCGUUGAGGUUAAACUGUAUAUUACAAACUGGAUAGUAUACUUUUUGUUCCACUUUCAAUAUUUGAACACAACUCUUUCGAUUUAGCGUUUGAACUUCAUAAUUAUUCAUGAUUUUCAAAGAAAUUUUUAAAUAUUGACAGUAAAUGCGAAUCUAUUUGUUGGCACUAACUAAACAAGAUAAACUCUGCUGAUUUUAAUUAAUUAUACAUAGUACAAACGCUUAAGUCGUAAUAGUUUAAAAAUAUCAAGGCAAACAAUAUUUGAAAUUCCAAUAUACACAGUAGCAAUUCGUACUUGUUGAGUGAAAAUAUUAUUACCCAUUAUGUAUAAAAUAGCCAUUUUUAGUCAAAAACUCUUGAGAUUUUUAAUGUAACGUUUCAUACGAACUAUUUCUAUUUCGCUAGAAACACAUCCAUAAUUUCCAUUAAGUGCUAUGUUUGGAUGUUAAAAAUUUAAAUAAGAUAUAAAUAUUCUUGAUUAGUGUGCAAAAUGACAGGUACACUGUUAGAUAUUUGAAUUUAAAAUUUUGUUUGCUACUUUAAUUGUAAUAAUUUAUAUUAAUAUGUAAUUUAAACAUAUAAAACAAAAUAAUCGCAACCCUAAUGUAAGGAUGAACAACCAAAAUGCAAAGAGUAAGUAAAAAAUAAUUGGAGACUGAAUUGUGUUUACUUGCGGUAACGCGUAUCCAAUUGUUUUGGAAUACCACAUUUGGGAGAAACCAUACUGUGCAGAUCAAAACCUGAGCUGUGGUUGUGUGUAUAUGCAAUAAAACGCUUCCGGACGUCUUCAUGUACGUAAGGUUUGGAGAGUUAGUGAGUAAUUUGUUUCGAGUUAGUCACUCCUAUGCGGGUACAUGGGACGAUUGAUUCAAACUAGUAAUGACAACUAAUUUGAAUAAUUUACACGCAAUUCUUUGUUUUAUAUUGCCCACUUCCUACAUUGUUGUAUACUAUUUAUGUUCAUUCCGUAAUAGUAUUGAAAGUAACUCGCCAUUUUAAUUCUCUUUUCUCUUCUUCCAGUUUGAGUACAAUUUAUUCCAAACUAAGAAUUUUUAAGCUAAUGCUUUACGCAUUAGGGGAAAGUAUGUAAUAUAAUGAACGGGUAAAAUUUUAGAUUGAUUAAAUUCUUUCAAUUUAAAUUUACAAAAAACAAAAAUAAUAAUAAUCAUUUCAAAAUGACAUGUUAAGAAAAACAUAAAUCAAAAACACUGCUGGCAAAGGUAAUAUUUGAGUAUGCAAGAAAUACUAAUGAUUUUCCCAUUUUAGGGGAUCGAAUGUACACCUUGUUCAAAGACUCCCCAAGCUUGCGGAAGCGGUUAGCACAAUUAGAGACCCCAUGUAUGUAUGUAGGUAUGAUAUAAUGUAAGUUAAUCCAGUUCAAAUGAGAUGGUAAUCUCAGUAAGUGGAGUUGCAAAUUUUCUGUCACUUCAUGUGACAAAGUUCCAGCUGGUCAAUAGGGUACUUGUUAAAACAACAUAGUGGCUAACAAAAUGUAUAUGCAAAAUAAUGUUCCGCUCUCUAAUAACAAUAAAAACUCGCAAAUUUAAACAUAUUGCACCGUUGGAGUGUUCUAAAUGAAAAUAUUUAUUUGUCGUAAAUUCAAAUCUUAUCUAAAUAACAUUGUGUUAAUAAGUACCUUUAAUGAUAUUGCAAAUAUUUUGUUGGUCACUAUAGACAAUAAGUGUUUGAUAAAACAAUGAGUAAUGCGAAUAAUUUGUGCGUUGGUAAGCGCGCGUGUCGUUCCUUGAUUAUCUUCGCUAAUGUUUUUCUGGCGUUUUAAAGUAAUCGCUAUGACUUGGUAAUCAUAGUUGAUUCUUACGUAGCAAAUUACCGUUAAGAUUUCUCGAUCAAAUAUUUAUAUUUGGUUCUUGUAAGUAGUAUUGGGUCUUAUAGCAUUAAUUUCAUUAUUUCAAUUUUGUGGGUUUUGGCAACAUUUGUAAAGGUACCCACCAGAAUUCAAUAUUUUUCCAUAUUUGUGUAGUGAAAAAAAUAUACGUG